GCUCACACAGCCAUAGUCCACACUGUAGUACUGCAUCUGGUUAUGUCCAUGGGAAUAGUUUAAGCAUUCCAAAUCAACCUAUUCUGUUGACCUGUAAACAGGUCCUGGAUCAGGUUCUUGGCACUUUUGGAACUACUACUGCAGAUCUUUCGUAGGUGUGCAGUUAUUUUCUACAAGGGAUUUCUGUGAAAAAGAAGGAAAAUAGAAAGAAUCCGAAGUCAUGGAGGGUGGCAGCUCACUCAUUCCUCAAGCAAACAGUAAGGCAUCGGAGUUGGAAAUGCUGCAGAAGCAGCAUGAGGAGAAGACAAUGAAGAUUCAAGAGCUGAAGAGACAAAUUGAAUCAGUGAAGCUCCGUUUGGAGAAGAGAAAGAAGGAAAUACCCGAGGAGAAAAUGGAAGCGUUCAAGGUCUUGAGUGAGAAAUAUAACAGUCUGAGAGAUGAAUACAAUGCACUGCUGGCCGAGAAGUUGGGGAAAAAUGAGUAAACGGACAUCGCUACUACUCCAGUACUAGUUUUACAUCUUUGUAAAAAAAAUGUCUAACUUGAAUGCAUUUCUUUUCAAUGCUACAAUGUUACCAUUCGUCUUGGGCUAGAUUGAUAUGUAGUUAAUUCCGGUUUCUCUCA